CCUUGCCUUAUUAUAAAUGCAUGUACAUUAUUAUUUACUUUGUCUAUCCCCUGGCCUCUCUGUCUCUCUCCAUGGCAAGGGGAAUGCUCCUCCCUGCUGGACUCAUGGCCCUAAUUGUUAUUCUUGUCCUGGUCCAUCAAACUUGCAGUGCUGAGGGUAGUCACCGUUGUCCUCCUUCUUCCUGCGGUACUAUCCGCAACAUAAGCUAUCCGUUUCGAUUAGAAGGCGAUCCAAAACACUGCAGCGACCCAAGGUAUACCCUGUCAUGCGAGAAUGACCAGACAGUGUUAAACUUAUAUGCUGGAAAAUACUACGUAUGGGCAAUCAAUUACAACAACUACACAAUCCGAGUUGUAGACCCAGGUUUUCUAAACUCCUUCAUCCCUCGUUAUUCUCUAGACAGUGCUAAUUUCAGUAGUUAUGGCGGGGAUCCAUAUCAAUUGAACUCAUAUUCGAGAGUGGUAUUCGUGAAUUGUGAAAAGCCAUUGAAUUCUGGGAGAAAUGUGGACAUUUCUAGUUGCUUUAAGAAUGGAGUAUAUUCUUCCAACUCUUCUUUAUCCCAUUCCAAGAGUUACAGAUAUGUUUUACUUGACGCGGAAUGGGAUUUUUUGGAGGACUUGUGCCAAGUAGAGCAAAUAUCUCUCUCACCACCGCGAUAUGUUGAUGACUUAAGAAAUGAUUCCUGUACAGACACCCACAAUAAAUUUUCAUUUGGUUUUGAGCUUUUAUGGUACCAAGUUUAUUGUGGAAAAAGAUGCCAAAAUGGCUAUUGCUACCUGGAUCGUGAGGCGAACAAUGUUACUUGCUGGCAAAAAGAGGCGGGAUUAUUUCUUAAACCACUUGUGAUAUGUACCAAAGUUCUUGUAGCCGUUAUCAACAAACUAGUGCCGAGGAAAAUAAGAGACAAAUAUGGGGUUGCUUCAUAUGAAUAUGAAGGACUAACUGAUCAGGUUUUCAGAAAACUAUUGGGGUCUAUGUUGUACUUCGUCGUACCAUACUUUGCACUAAGGAUUGUACUUGGGGUUCUCGGUGUGAUUGCGUUUCUUAUAUAUAAAUGGCAUAGGAGGCAUUUAUCAAUCUUUGAUGCAGUUGAAGAAUUUCUGCAAAGCCACAAUAAUCUCAUGUCAAUAAGGUAUUCUUAUUCUGAAAUUAGAAAAAUGACUAAAAGUUUCAAGGACAAACUAGGUGAAGGAGGCUAUGGCACUGUAUUUAAGGGAAAGCUUCGAAGUGGUUGUCUUGUGGCUAUAAAGAUGUUAAGUAAGUCCAAAAGUAACGGACAAGAUUUUAUCAAUGAAGUUGCAACUAUUGGAAGGAUUCAUCAUGUUAAUGUAGUACAACUCAUUGGUUUUUGCGUUGAAGGAUCAAAACGAGCUCUAGUAUAUGAGUUCAUGCCUAAUGGUUCCCUGAAUAAAUACAUAUUUUUGCCAGAAGUAAGUACGCUCUUAAGCUAUCACAAAAUGUAUGAUAUAGCUCUAGGAGUAGCUCGUGGCAUUGAAUAUCUACAUCAAGGAUGUGACAUGCAGAUCUUACAUUUUGAUAUCAAGCCUCACAACAUUCUUCUUGAUGAGAAUUUUACUCCAAAGGUUUCUGACUUUGGCCUAGCAAAAUUGUAUCCAAUAAAUGAUAGCAUUGUUUCUUUAACUGCUGCAAGAGGGACAUUAGGAUAUAUGGCUCCUGAGUUGUUCUACAAAAACAUUGGAGGCGUCUCAUACAAAGCUGAUGUUUAUAGUUUUGGAAUGUUACUAAUGGAAAUGGCUGGUAGAAGAAGAAACAUAAAUGCAUUUGCAGAACACUCGAGCAAAAUAUACUUCCCUACUUGGGUCUAUGACCAAUUGAACGACGGAAACGACAUAGAAAUGGAAGAAGCCACAGAUGAGGAAAAGAAAAUAGGAAAGAAGAUGAUCAUUGUCGCGUUAUGGUGUAUACAAAUGAAGCCUAGUGUUCGCCCUUCAAUGAACAAAGUCGUAAAAAUGCUCGAAAGAGAAGUUGAAUACUUACAGAUGCCUUCCAAGCCUUUCCUAUCAUCACUAGAAAGCAUUACAACAGGUGGUGGAGAGAAUUCAAAUCAAUCAAAUGAAUCAAGUCAAUCCUCUCAAAUUUAUAUGCGAGUCUUUUGAUUUAUUAUAUACCAUAAAAAGGAAACAUUUAGUUUUCUAAUAUAUAUUUGAUAGC